AUGUACCGGCAGGUUUUAAUUUCAGAAGAGGAUACUCGUUAUCAAAAAAUCCUCUGGCGUAAAUCUCGUGACGAGCCAAUUGAAACGUACUGCUUAAAUACCGUAACGUUCGGCACUGCAUGCGCUCCUUUCCUCGCGAUCCGCACCCUUCAUCAACUAGCGGAAGAUGAACGCGAGUCCUUUCCUAUUGCUUCCGCCGUUUUACAGAGAGAUUUCUAUGUUGACGAUUUUGUAACGGGUGCGUCAACUUAUCAAGAGGCAGUUCAAAUUCGAAACGAUUUAAUUGAUAUUUUAAAAAAAGGGGGUUUCAAUAUUCGAAAAUGGGCAUCUAAUGAUUCUCAAUUAAUGAACUUUUUUUCGGACGACCACUCCAAGGCUUUCAUGUCUUUGGACCCCUCGGAAACUAUAAAAACUUUAGGAAUUCACUGGGAUGCUGUAGCUGACUCAAUCACCUAUACUGUCAAUGGGGCUGAUACGAGUAAACCUAUCACUAAGCGUUCAAUGCUGUCACAGAUUUCAAAACCGUUCGAUCCAUUGGGACUACUCGGUCCAGUUAUGGUGAUAGCAAAGAUAAUAAUCCAACAGCUUUGGAAACUCCAACUCACAUGGGACACUCUGAUUCCCGAGGAGUCUCAGGAAUUUUGGAAUCGCUAUCAGAAUCAGUUGCAGCUUCUCAAUAAGAUUGAAUUCAGUCGCUGCGUGCUAAUCCCAAAUGCAAUCGAAAUUAAGCUGCAUGGAUUCUGUGACGCGAGCGAGAAGGCCUAUGGAGCCUGUUUCUACUUUCGCUCAACUGAUCAGCAAGGCAAUCAUCAAAGUAGCCUCAUCUGUUCGAAGUCACGAGUCGCACCUUUAAAAACUACAACUAUACCUCCAUUAGAGCUCUGCGCAGCGAAUCUCUUAUCAAGCAGUCUUUCUCACACCUUGAAAACCUUCGUUGCUAAUAGAGUUGCUGAAAUACAAGCAGCAACUCAGGCUCAAGACUGGUUUCAUGUUCCUACGCAGGAUAAACCUGCUGACCUACUUUCACGUGGUCAAUUCCCUGAAGAGUUCCUUCGACACACGCUUUGGACUCACGGGCCUCGAUGGCUGAGUCAAGAUAGAGACACGUGGCCCCAGUUAUCUUUUAAAAAACACGAGGUCCCAGAAACGCGCAUUAAUUCUUCAACGCUGUCGUGUAAACUCAUUCAGAAAAAGAGGCCAGCAAACAAAUUGCUUAAACGUUUUAGCAAUUUCAAAAGGCUAAAAACCGUGGUAGCGUAUUGUUUACGCUUUAUAAACAAUUGCAAAAAUAAAGAUCCCACAACCAGGCAAACGAGCGACCUGUCCACGAGUGAAUUGAAUAACGCGUUUCACCUUAUAAUUAAAAUCACGCAAUCGGAAGCUUUUCCGAACGAAGUUCAUCUACUUUUAAAAAAUAAAAUAGUCGACUCCAAAAGUAGCCUUUCAAAACUGAACCCUUUUCUCGACCAAGGAAUCAUCAAGGUAGGUGGUAAAUUGGCAAACGCUAAUGUGCCAGAUUCUUAUAAACAUCCCAUAGUACUUCCAAAACAUCAUCACAUUUCAAAAAUCAUCAUUCGCGAUGAACACAUUGAUCGUAUGCAUGCCGGGGUUAACGCCACGCUUUAUGGUGUUCGCGAAACCUUCUGGCCAAUAUACGGCCGUAAUACUGUGCGACACGUGGUUCGACAAUCUACCAAGCAAGAGGAUAUCGAGAUUGGAACUCUUAUUGUUAUCAAGGAAGAAAAUUUGCCACCGAUGAGAUGGAAAAUUGGACGAAUCACCGAAGUUCAUCCAGGUCAAGAUGGAGUAAUUCGAGCAGUCACAGUUCGAAGUUCAUCAGGUGUCUAUAAGCGGGCCUUAAAAAAUGUAUACCCGCUUCCAAUCGACAAGGACGAUUAA